CCUUCGAGGCUCUCCAAGAACCGAAAAAAGCGAGGACAUGUCAGCGCAGGCCACGGCCGCAUUGGCAAGCAUCGCAAGCAUCCGGGUGGGCGGGGUAACGCCGGUGGUCAACACCACCAUCGCAUCCUGAUGGAUAAAUAUCACCCUGGGUACUUCGGUAAGGUGGGGAUGCGGCACUUCCACGUCCUGAAGAACCGGACCUACACCAAGGCCGUCAACGUGGACAAGCUCUGGUCGCUGUUGGGGGCCGAGGCGUACGAGGCGGCGAAGGCGGGCGGAGGGGACAAGGCCCCGGUGCUGGAUGUGACACAGAUGGGGUUCUUCAAGGUGCUUGGAAAAGGGAAGCUGCCCUCCGUGCCCCUGGUCGUGAAGGCCAAGUACUUCUCGAAGGACGCGGAGAAAAAGAUCAGGGAGGCCGGGGGAGCCACGCUCCUAACCGCGUAA